AUGGAGUUUGCCUCGAAAGGCACUCUCCACAACAUGAUCUCCGAGUUUCGUGAGAGAGGAAGACCGAUGCCUGAGCACACGAUCGGACAUGUUGCUCUCAUGAUUCUACAAGGACUCCAAGCUCUUCACUCGCACGGUUACGUUCACUGCGAUCUCAAGCCAGCGAACGUCCUCGUGUUCCCGUCAAAGGCCGUCGGAGAGCCGUGGGAUCUCAAGCUUGCUGACUUCGGUAUGUCCAAGGAGCCUUGCACGGAUUCUAGAUCUUUGAUGCGUUGUUCUGGAGAUGUUUGGAGGAUGUCCCCAAAGAAGAUGGGACAUUGCUACACGUGGAGGCUUCCGAAACUUGUGUCUCCGAUGGCCGACGAUUUCUUGAAGCGGUGUUUAGCUUUGCUCCCGUCACGGAGAGCCACUGUUGAGGAGCUGUUGAAACAUCCCUUUGUUGCGCAAAAAGUGAUCGGUGUAACACCACGGCGAGAGUCGACGCUUCCAUGUCCUUCUUUCCUUAGAUUUCCUUCUGUCACGAGGAACAGUGUGAUGGAAGAUUGUUCAAGAAGACAAAGAGGAGGACCGAUGAUGAAGAUGAUGCCAAGACCUCAAGAUUUGAUCUACUGA